AUGCAAAACAAGAUCAAACCCAUCGAUCUGUUGACAGACCAAUUCCAACAUUUAAAGAAUUAUAGUGUCAAUGAUCGAUAUACACGUGAUAACAACGGAUCAUCAUCACAAAAUGAAAUGAAAGAGCAACUCGGAACCAUCAUGGUGAAUGUUUCAAAAAUUUUGCGUGAAAGUUCAGCCUAUUUGGGAAUUGUUUCAUUUUACGAAGCCAAUAGAAUGACGUCUUCACAAUUUCAAAGUGCUUGCCGUUCAUUCACAAAAACAUUAAAUCAAAUAUGUCAUUUAGAAUUGUGUGGCAAUCAGAUGGAAUGGUUCUUGAGUGAAAAAUUUACGUCUCUACCACAAGAUACAAAAUUAAUGGUGAACCAUUUGUCACAGUCUCUCAGACAAUAUGAUCCAAACGUUUCCUUUGGAAUGUCUCUACAUGCCAUUGAAAUCAAUGGGAUCAAAAAAGAAACCUUCAAAUUGCAGCACACUCUUCAAGAUUUGAAUCUUUCCAAGAAUUUGAUUCAAAAUGUACCAUUUCAGUUGAUUGUAACUUUCUUUUCAGAGUUGACACAUAUCGAUAUUGGAGAGAAUCCCAUUGUGGAUUUUGAGGUGACAAGAUUGACCUCACAACCAAGAUCUUCAACUUGGUUUGGCAGGAUGUCGACAAAAGACAAUAGUGACGAGGAUUUUUCAAACUUUAUUCGUACCUCUUCGGUGUCAAAAGUUUCUCAUCUAGUACUGUCAAGCAUGGAUGCUUCGUUAUUAGAAAAAACAAUCGAAAGCAAAAAGUCUUGUCGAACCAAGUCAUCCAAUUUAUUCAACUUUUACAAAAAGAAAGAACUGGAAACGUUGUCAUCGAGUGGAACUUUUUUCCCAUUGGAUUUUCUAUCUUUAACCUAUGUUCAAGUUUUAGAUUUGUCAAAAAACAAACAUUUACCAUUUCAUGAAUUAGAGAAAGUAGAAACACCUAUUUUGAUGAAUAUUGUGAAUAUCAAUUUGUCAGAGUGUUUUCUGGUUGGAAGCGUCAACAAAUUAUUAAGAUUUGCAUCAAAGAAGAAUUUACAAGUUCUCAAUCUUUCGUAUAAUAAUUUUUCUUAUUUGGACAUUCAAGAAUUUUCUUCCAUCAAAAAUUUAAAUCUUACCAUGAACACUGAAUUAUUGUCUGUGGAUGAAAACAUUUACCAAUUAUUACAAAAUUGCAAUAAGGAAAUUGAAUAUUUGACCCUAAAAAGAAUACACCAAGAAGAGAAUGGAUUUUCUGAUUUGUUAAACCCAUUCAUUACAAAGAACAAGUUGGAGGAAUCAACAAUUGGAGAGUUUCUGUCUCGUUUAAAUCAUUUGAAAUUGUUGACAUUUAGUGGACUCUUCAUCCAGACAUGUCCCCCUCAGAUUAAUGGAAUGCAUCACUCGCAGCUAAUUUCACUCGAUUUAUCGCACAAUGACAUUACAGAGCUUCCUCAUUCUCUAAUGACCUUGGACUCUCUUACUGCGUUAGAUUUAUCGCAUAAUGAUAUCCCAAACAUUCAUGAGGACGAUUUAGGAAUCAUCCAAUUACGUAAUCUGACAUCACUCAAUUUGUCACACAACAAUUUGUCUCAACUUCCUGUGAAAUUCAUCAUCUCCUUGCCCAGCACGCACUGGAAUUUGUGCGUGACAGGAGACCACAAGUGUGUCCCAACACUGCAUUUAGAGAACAAUUACUACAAUUCGAGCAAAAACUUCGCACUCGAUGCUCAGGUUAUCCCUCCCCAAACAAGUUGA